AUGUCUGAGCCCAAUGUUCGUGCCUCCUUUGCAGAUAAUCGCCGUCCACUUACCAAAGUAAAGGGUCAACUGCUCAACAUGCCGCCGGUGAUCACAUCUGCACUGUAUGCGGCAUUCCCGGUUAUCUUUUUACUGGAUAAAGUACUUGCCUUUUUGACCUGGACAAACGAUGAUCCUUAUACCAAUUUUAUUGCCAUUGCAAUUUACAUCAUGGUGGUCAAGUACUGGACAGUAGUGGCGUGCACUGUCCUACCCACAAUCAUAGCUUUAGGCACGUGUGCCUCGCUGUGGUUCUUGAAGACCACCAUUGACGACUUGCGGUCGGAGACGGCCCCGCCCACAAUUGAGGAAAUUAUUGACACGCUUAUCAACCUACAGGCACGAUUCAGCUAUAUUGUCGAGCCAUUCAGCUAUUUUGGGUCCUUAUCCAGUUCUGACUAUUUCAAUCUAGGAUUCAGCCUUAUAGCUAUCACGCCUUGUUACAUUUGGCUCAUGACGCGAAUUUUCACAGUCAGAUCAUUUUUGCUUGUAUUUGGUGUUGCAUGUUUGUCGUUUUACUCGUCGUGGUCGGUUGCAACCCGGCAUCUUCUGUGGAGAAGCAUCGUCAUCCGCAAAAUACUUACGUUUACGACAGGUCUUAAAUUUUCGCUUGUCGAUAAGAACAUCGAACUGACAGUGCUCAAUGAUUUCCAGAUCUCAAAUAUUGGAACAGGCAAGACUGUAGAGUUCCAUAUCCUGCAAAAUCAGCGAAGAUGGCUCGGGGUUGGAUGGUCCAACACCUUGCUACCCUUUGAACGCGGACCUUUCACCACUGAAGAUUUAGAGAAGUCGUGGGACUCUCUUGAAAGUUUCCAAUUCCCAGAGAUUACACAAGCAACGUGCCGGUGGAGAUGGCUGGACGCUAAGUGGAAAACAGACGACUCUUUUGCGCCAGGAGAGGGGUGGAUAUAUUACAACAACAGCUGGGAAGAACCUUCGAACACAGACUCUCUCACAAGAUUUACACGCACCAAACGCUGGAAAAGACGCGCACUGGUGAUCGUCGAGGACGACGCAACCACCUAG